CUGGUCCUUACCCCCCUUCCCCGACACACACACCACACUCACAUGGACUUUAUCAAGAACUUGAAGAUUUCCGACGACGAUAAGGAGGCUGGGAAGCCUUCGGCCCAGUCUGCACCCGCCGAACCAAAGAAAGAGGGCCUGUUCGACAAGAUCAGCGACGCACUCAAAGGAGAGGAACCGGCUCCUCCCCCUCCCCCGCCUGCUCCUGCAAAGAGCGACAACCUCUUUGACAAAAUCGGUGAGGCUCUGGGACGUAAAGAAUCUCCUCCCCCUCCACCACCUCCCGCUCCCGAGAAGAAAGACAUCUUUGAGAAGAUUGGAGAUGCUCUGAGCGGUAGGAAGACACCCCCUCCUCCGCCCCCACCCCCGGAGAAGAAGGACAUCUUCGACAAGAUUGGUGAUGCAAUCAGCGGCAGGAAGACGCCACCACCUCCCCCCGAGCCUGAGAAGACCGACCUCCUUUCAAAGAUCUCCUCAACGAUUAGUGGAAAGAAGGAAGAACCUCCAAAGCCUCAAACACUCGCCGACAAGAUCAACCAUGCACUCGGCGGGGGCGCAGCUGGCGAGGCAAAGGAAGGCAAGCUGGAUAAGGCUAUCGACCUCUUCCAGGAACACAUCCUCAAGGAAGGACCCCAAGACAAUGAGUCCGCUUUGGAGCAACUCAAAGACAAGCAGAUUGCAGAUGCUAUCAGGAAGACUCUGGGUCUCGAGAAGAAGAAAGAGUGA